AUCACAACGGGUUCCAGCGCAUCAUGACGGGUGAUCGGAUGUUUUCUGGACGGGCUGGACACGGAGGAGAAAGGAAGUGCAUUGAUUGAUCAAGGGAUUGAUUGAUAGAUAGACGAUCAUGACGGGGGGAUGCGCCGCCCGGCGCGACCGGCGGCGUGGUUGCCCCCAGCAACCUCCCUACCCGCACCGUGUUUACACCCUCCGCUUCACUGCUGUGCUCCCAUCUCCAGCCGUUUGGCAACGGCGUUGGCGGACUAGGCUAUGCAGUGGGGGAAUGCUUACGGCUCCUGUCCGUCUUCGACCUUUGGAAGGCUUCAAAUUCCCGGUCUACCCACCUGAGGUUGACGCUGGUGUCUGCUGUUGCUGCUGUGUUUCUGUUCCUUCGCAUUGGUGUCUUCUCUUCUCUUGUUACAUUUUUGGCCUCGCUUCUUCUCUUGAUUGUCUUUCAUCAAUGUUGUCUGUAUCCGCUUAUUGCAAGUCCCUGUUGUCCUGCCUGGCAUAGAAUUCUCGGGCUUUCGUAUUCUUCGCUGGAGUUCGAGCUUCUCUUUGCGCUGGAGCACUUUCACCUUUCGGGCUAAAGGCGAUAAGACAUGGCUCCCAGCAUGCAACCCCCGAACAUCUUCGACGACUCCACCCGUACUCCUACUAAGCCGUCCGUCCUGCGAGCGAUUUGGU